AUGUCAUACGCAAUGUCCCACCUGGGCCCUCGGGCCUUCAACCACGACCAAAGCCGCGACUCGGAGCAGGAAUAUGACCGAUUGCGCGACCUCGCGCGGCAAGAAGCCUCCAAGCGCGGCGACUGCUUCUCACGGUCUAAGGAAGCAUACUCCAACGGCGAUGGCGCGCGCGCUAAACAAUUGUCAGAGGAGGGCAAGGCGCACGGGCGCAAGAUGGAAGAAUACAACAAGCAAGCGUCCGAGUUUAUCUUCCGAGAGAACAAUGCCAACGGGCGCGUUGAGGCAGACACGAUCGACCUGCAUGGUCAAUUCGUCGAGGAGGCGGAAGAGAUUCUGGAGGAGCGCAUUAGAUACGCCAAAGCGCAUGGGCAGACUCACUUGCACGUGAUCGUCGGCAAGGGUAACCAUUCCGCCGGCCAUAUCCAAAAGAUCAAGCCGCGCGUCGAACAAGUCUGCCAGGAACUCGGCCUGCAAUAUGCCACCGAGGAGAACGCCGGUCGGAUCUACAUCAAUCUGACCGGCGGCGAGGCCGUUAUGCCUUCCUACCCUUCGCACCAGGCGCCGUACCACGGUGGGGGUGGCCAGUCAUAUCCCGGCCAGCAACAGCAGUACCAGCAGCCGCACCACCAGCAGCAACAGCAGCAUCAGCAGCAACAGCAACAACCCCAGCAGCAGGACGAGAUCGAGCAGGUUGUCAAUGCGCUGUUGCCCAAGGUUAUGCGCAAGUUGGAGAAGGCGUGCUGUGUUGUUAUGUAA